AAAAUCCGAUAUUUUUGUUUUUUUUUUCUAUUAGGUUCUGCAUAUUUCUUCAAUUUGUCUUGUCUUUACUCAUGUCUGCUCUACUGUCCUUUCUUCGUCUUCCUCAUUCCCGAAGAUUUCUUUUACAGCUCAGCAUUUUCUUCUCCCUUGCUCUCAACCAGAAUCAAAAGUUUUUUUUUUAAGCUUUUCUGCAGUAUUGUAUUCUUCUGAUAUUUUUGCAGUAGAUAGAUUCUUAGCCGCAUUUGUAUUGUUCUUCGUUGAGUCUCGGAUUCUUGAUGAGGUUUUAACCUGGACGUCUGUGGAUAUCGUUCCCCUAUGUCUAUUUUGAUAUACUUUUGUGCCUUUGAAGGAACCUCCUUGUCAUUAAUCUUCGUUCUAUUCCUCUUGUUAGAUAAAGAGAUGGAAAGCAUGAUUUCUCUCACGCCUCUCAAUGCUUCGUACCUCUUCAACCCCCCUCUUUCUCUCUCUCCCCAAUUCGAUCAACUUUUGUGUCUUGGAUGUAAGAAUCCUGCUUGUCAUCAAUCGUCAUCCUAUCUCCUUGUUAUAUAAAGACAUGAAAGUUGCGAUUUCUCUUAUUCCUUUCUCUGUUUGGCUUGAGUGAGGAGAUAAGGGGUCAAGAGCAGCAAGUGAUGGAGGGUGAUGCUUUUUCAGGCCUUGGCAAUGGGAGUUUUGUGGGCAACAAAGUUCUUCAGCACUUCAACAACAGUUUUGGGCAAGUUCAGAGCAUAUUGGAUCAGAAUCGCCUUCUAAUAAAUGAAAUUAACCAGAACCAUGAGUCAAAGAUACCCGAUAACCUCAGCCGAAAUGUGAGGCUUAUCAGAGAACUCAACAACAAUAUCCGACGAGUUGUCGAUCUCUAUGCCGACCUUUCCACCUCAUUUUCAAAGUCCAUGGAGGACUCCUCUAAUGGCGACUCUGCAGGAACUUUGAGAUCUGAUGGCAAGGCUGGUCUUAAGAGAGUUAGAUCUGGGUAGCAUUCUGAAUCUUGUAGAAGAAUGGUUAAGGCCUUCAAAUUCUUUGGUAAGAUCACAAAGUGAUUGGUAGGCUCAAAAUUGAACUUUCUGCCGGCCUUUCUUGACAAAGAGAGUAGUUCUAGUGCAAAAUAAGAGGUGAUAAUUCUUGUAGUGUUGUAUUCCUGAGCAGCUCUAGUUUAUCUCUUCAAUUAAAUGAUGCUUUUCUCUUCCAUUGAUCUUAUUGUAUAUCUUAUUGAUUCUCUUUGUAGCAAAUUGCUUGAUCAGGGGAACAAGCUUCAUAUCUUUUCAUUAUGAAUUGUUACUCACAUAAACAAAUAUAUGGAUUAUAGCCUAUGUUUCUUUUUUGUUACAUUAUUGAUAGUUUGUUCAAUUGUUA